AAUCUCUCUUAUCUAUGCUCUUAUCUAUGGGUAAUCUCCAGGUAAUCUCCAAUUUCAUUUAUUUUUGUUUAUGUGUCAAAAGUAUUUGUCUAAAAGUUUAUUGUGUUUAAAAUAUGGAUUUAAAUAUUCAGAAACUACCGGUGUUCGUAUUUCCACCAGCUUUAAAAUUCUAUCUUAAUUCAAGACAGACUCAUAAACAACUGCUGACACUGUAUAAUCCGUAUGAAUUCCCUGUUAGAUUUAAAGUUUUGUGUACAUCUCCUAAUAAAUAUACUGUGAUAGACCCAGAAGGUAGUAUUGGACCAUCAAAAUGUGUCGAUAUUGUUAUAAGACAUACAAUGCCUUUAUUAGCUCAUUGUAAUAUUACGGACAAAUUUCGAAUUACUUUGCAAGAUCAUACAACCAAACAGGUAUUGGGUAAAAGGGAUAUAGAAUCUAAAUUGUUACAAGCAGAAUCCGAUACUAGUUCAAAUGAUGGUGAUAAUUUUCACUCUUUACCUCAUGCAGAAAAAGAUCUAGAUGAACCACGGAAUGUUCAGUAUCCAAUUAAAAACAUUCAAAGGUAUUUUUUAAUAAAAAUAAAAUUGAAAAUGUUUUACAUAUUAUGAAAUAUAAUUAAUGCACAUAAAAAAUAA